AUGCAAAAUGAUGAGUCUAACUUGAAUCUACCAAAAAGUAGACAAAGUUCCAACUUUGAAACAAUCCAAGAGGCAAAAUUAUCACCAGAUCAACAAACAAUUAUCUCAAUACUGAAAUAAUCGCCAGAGUUUAGAAAUGAAUAAGAUUUGAAAACUCUAGUUCCAUUAGUUAAAGAUAUUAAGUUCUUUAAGGAGAAAAAAAUCAAGCAAAGAGAUCUUGUGGAUAUUUGCUAGAGACUUAAAUAUGAAUAUAUAGCCGCAAAUAAAAGUGCCAUUUAAUAUGGAGAGUACGGAGAUAAAUUUUAUAUCAUUUUAGAAGGCUUAGUUAGUGUUUGGAUUCCUGACUCAAACAAAAGUAAGACUUCGGGCUAAUAAACAAAAGAGAACUCCUUAGUUUAAUCAUAGGUAUUUCAAUCAGUAACUGCUAGCUUAAAUACAAAUAUUAGAGGUGUAUUAAACAGUAAUUUAAUGUAAUCUAAAACAAUAGAGAAAACAAUAUCAGAUAUAAAUGUCGAGGAAAUUCCAGAAUACGAUAAUCUUUAAGAGGAAAAGUUGACAAAAUCUAAUAGCAUAAAGUCAAUCAAUUUUAGAGAGGUAGCUAGACUAUCUGAAGGGAAGACCUUUGGUGAGUUAGCUUUGAUCGUUCAUAAGCCUAGAAUGGCAACAAUAAGAUGCGAAAUUGGGACACACUUUGCAGUCUUAGAUAAAUAUGAUUUUCAAAGAUGUCUGGGCAAACUGGAAAAGAAGCAAUUAAAUCAAAUCAUAGAUUUUCUCAAGAAUUUGUAAUGUUUUAAAAGCUGGACUAGAAACUCAGUUGGGAAAUUCUCAUACUUUUUAAGCAAAUAAAAGUUUAAGAGAGGUUAAAUAGUCUAUAAAGAAGGUUAAGUGAGUGAUAAAGUGUUUAUUGUAAAGAAAGGGGAGUUUGAGCUGCAGAGGAAAAUGAAAAAAGACCUUACAGACGCUGCUACAGAUAUUGUUGAGCUAAUGGGCAAGAAGAUAUUAAAGAGUAAUAUCCUAGCGAGAAAACUUCCUGAGAUAAAAGAUGUUCCCUCAAACAUGAGAUUGACGAUUUUUGGAAUUGGAUGUAUAUUAGGAGAAGAAGAUAUUCUCAACAGACAGACAUACUCUUGCUCUUUAAAAUGUCACUCUUUAAAUGGUACCUUAUUUGUACUGAAAAAGUAGGAGUUCUUGUUAUUAAGAAAUCAAGAUGACUCCUGGCUUUCUAUUAUUGAGAAAAUUAUUGAGAAAGAAAAAAGAAGAAGAGCUGAUUGGUUAAGUGAUGAUAAUGCUGAUAAACACCUCUCGAAAAUCGCAGAUUUGUCAAUCUAUAAACACUAAAACAACAAAGAAAAAGCAAAAUAAUACCAAUUCUACACUAAGAAUUAGGUUGAUGUUCCAACUUCAGUUUUGAUAAAUUAAUAAUCUAGCCAAGACGAUAAUAAUAUGAAAAAAAGUUCAUUGAUUUACUUUGACAAAGAAUCUCCCUAAAAGAUAAUGAAUAUUUCUAGAUUGCUUCAGAGAUCAUAAGAUAUUAGAAGUAACUCUCGUUCAAACUAAAAUACUCGAUAAAUGGAAAGAAUUGUAACUCAAGACUUAAAAAACUAGCUACUAGCAUAGCUUCCUAAUAAAUAUAACUUAAGUAGAAGCUAAUAAAAGCAAUAUCCUUAAGAGUAGAGAUUCCCACAAUAAAGAUUAAAAUCAGUAGAUUUAAAUUAAAAUUCUACAGUAGCAUCUCAAAUUUCAAUCCCUUCUUAGAAUAUUUUUAUCAAGGAGUACGAAACUUUCAAUUAAAGUCUGUUUAAUACUCAAACACAAAUGUACUAAAGCACCACAGCUAGAUCGUUUAUGAACAGUAGUUUGGUGAAUACAAACCCAAGAUUGAAUACUCCUAAUCAAUUUAGAAUGAAAUAAAAGCACCAUCGCAAUGCUUAAUUAGCAGCUAGAGGAAAGGGAGGUGGCUUUUAUAGAAUAAACUAAAGCCUCUUGAACCAUGCUAAAUACUAGCCUAAUUAAAAUAAAAGCAUAGAAACUUCAUUCUAAAACUCAAGACCAUAAUCAUCUUAGAUAUCUUUGAAUCUAAUCCAGAAUAAUCGGUUCUCUAAUUUUUAGUAUCAAAUAUAGAGUAAUGUUACUAGGACGAGUCAAUUUAGGAACACAUCUAUGCUGGGAAAAGACCCAUUUAAUAACUCAGAAAUUUCAAGGCUUCUCAACUCUAAGUCAAGUUAGAGUUACAAAAAUUGA